CAACUUUUUCUCUUCUCACUGUGUUGUCUGUGCUGCGCUGCUGAGUGAAGUUGGAGCCUCUCGGUCUGUUAGUGGCCGGCGGAGAGGGAGAGGAUCCAGAGGAACGAGAGGGGGUAGAGCAGCUGGAGCAGGGAGUUUAAAGUCAUCGGGUCCGACUCCUGAAUCCUCUCUGGCCUUCCCACAACUUUCUACCACAUUCCAGACACUCCGCUGUAGGAUAUCAGCCAGAUACGCCCCACCAUCUGAAAACAAGAGCUCCCUGCAAUCUUUACAUGACAGACGCUGACCCCCUGUGACCUGAUUUCAGAGCUGAAACCAGCCUGGUCCUCCCUCAGGAAGGUCACACUUUAUCAAACUCCAAAGUAAUUAUUAUCCUGGAGAGCUUAUUCUCCCCUUAUCUGAGGGGAAACGACUGAGUCAAUGGCGCUGUGUCUUGGACAAGUGUUCAGCAAGGACAAAACAUUCAGGCCCCGGAAGCGGUUUGAACCCGGCACCCAACGUUUUGAACUCUACAAGAAAGCCCAGGCCUCACUCAAAUCCGGCUUGGACCUGAGGAAAGUUGUCCAGUUACCGGAGGGUGAGAACAUCAACGACUGGAUUGCUGUGCAUGUGGUGGAUUUCUUUAACAGAAUCAACCUGAUCUAUGGCACUGUGAGCGAGUACUGCACCGAGCGCACAUGUCCCAUCAUGUCGGGGGGUCUGCGGUACGAGUACAGGUGGCAGGACGGCGACGACUACAAGAAACCCACCAAGCUACCUGCUCUCAAGUACAUGAACCUGCUGAUGGACUGGAUAGAGUCGCUGAUCAAUAAUGAGGACAUCUUCCCCACCAGAGUAGGUGUUCCUUUCCCCAAGAACUUCCAGCAGGUGUGCAAAAAGAUCCUGAGCCGCCUCUUCAGGGUGUUUGUGCAUGUUUACAUCCAUCACUUCGACAGCGUCUGCAGUAUGGGUGCAGAGGCCCACAUCAAUACUUGCUACAAGCACUACUACUUCUUCAUCUCCGAGUUCAACCUCAUUGAUCACUCUGAACUUGAGCCCCUGAAAGAGAUGACCGAGAAGAUAUGCAAUUAAGGGGAAAAAAGACGAAGGAGUCAAUGUUCACUCUGAGCCCUGUGAGAAAUCAUCAGCUUCAAAACACUCAAAACAAAGAACUGAUUUAUACAAACUUGUAUGAGUGGUUUUCUGAUCAUAAGUGGGAAAGACCGCCAACCUACCACUUUUUUAGAUGGUGGCACUGUCCCUUCAGAGGUUUUUACUUACAGUACAAAUUAUGGUGCUGUGAUGCUAUCAUUAUAUGACUUUGUGUUGGAGGUAUAACUCCAAUCUGUUCUGUAUGUAUUGUCUUUCCCCCUGUGCAUGUUUGACCUUUUAUACAUGAUUUUAUAUGCAGUGUCGAGUCUUGUUUUGAUGAAUGAAAGUUUGUAUUUUAUUUUGUCUGCGUUUUUAUAGUUUGAACAUAGAAAUACAGUCUAAAAUGAUAGAAGUUGUUGCGUGUGCCUUUAUUUAACACACUUCUUCAGACAAAAUGUGUACUAAAAAAACACAAUUUUUUGUUAUU